AUGGUGGCUGGCUGUUCGUUCGCCAUUCGCCGCUGUGCAACCGUCGCUGUCACCGCAGCCAGUUCUUCUCCAUCCCGCCCGAUCCAUCCCGUAUUGUCGCAGAUGCAGCUGAUAAGCAUUGACUCAUCUAAACAAUCGUUGUUGGGUAACGUGCAAAACGGUGAUGUUGGUGAGGCCGAGAAGAGGGCUGGGCUGACUCAGGGUCAUGCUUGUCCUUCUCCCCAUAUUGCUACCCCUGGUUACCCAGAACAUUGA